AUGUCCGGGCAAGCCCGCCGAACACUUAAACGCGCUGCCAAACGGAGGGACGCCAAACGCGAGGCCGCCUUCUAUAACCCGCUUCCGCCCCUUCCCGGCACCCCCCGGACGGCGGCGCAGGAUGUCUAUCAGAUAGGCGAGCUGCGGAGGCGGAUCCUAUCCUUUUGCGAAGCGAAACAUUUGACGAGCUUCAUUCGGGCGGAAAAGGGAUGUAUGGGGGACGUGGCGGGGGUCAUGUAUUACAGUAUGGAGAGGGAUAAAGUCGAGGGGGCGCUAAGUGAAAGCACGGAGCGGGACCAGCUGUAUCGUGCCUGUAUCACCGAAAUCACAGUGUUUCGUCCGGUCCAGACCCUGGCGUCGUAUCUCGGUCAACUCGACACUCUCAUCCCCUCUCUGCGUAUCCGCUUCCGCAACGCGCGCAGGGUCAUCUUCGGCUGUCAUCGUACGGCCCAAGGGCAAGACUCCCUAGUGGUCCACCUCGAGCCGCAUGCGAUCAUCUCGGCUGCGCAUACCGCGGAUUAUCUUUUCACCCACACCGUCUCCUUAUCCACCGAACUUCCCCCCGCAUUCAUCCGGCCCAUCGCCGCGCCGCCUGGCUGGACGCUUCGGUACCGCUUCGACCUCGUCAUCGGUGAAGCGGUCGGGGCGAAAAGCGCAGCGGGGCUGGCUUGGCUGAAGAAUCUGAGGGACAACGCGUCCCUCGGUAACAUCCACCAUUUGGCCAGUCUGGGUCAAUUAGAGGUCAGCAUCGAAGAUCUCGCUGGCUUGUACGAUAAGCAAGCGGCGCUCGGGUACCGUCGGAACGACCGCAUCGUUACGAUUCACGCCAAUCACGCUACCCAAUUCACGUUGCCCCGGUUCAAGUCAUCCGCCGCCGUCGCGCGCGCCUCCUUGACUUACCUGUCCCUGGCGGCAGGAUACCGCGGCGAACAGGCUGGCCUCGGCAUCGACGAUCUACAUCCCUUCCUCGCGUUAGUCCGCGAAAGUCUUCCCAACCUCACCACCCUUCAGCUAUCCGUUACGGGCAUCGAGCACACCGAGACCGCUUCUCGCCAAUCUCUACAUCCAGAUAUCCUAUCGGAAAGCGGAAGUAUCGGGCGGUUUACCAUUUUCUGCGCGCCAUACUCGGGACCCCUCUUUGAUACUCUGCGCAGUCUUGCUCCAGCUCUCCGCCAGCUGGACACCGUCAUCGAUAUUGCCCAUUCAGACAUCACGGUGUGGGGGUCACGGGCGCAGAGUACAUGCUUGGACAAUCUCCGCAAAACACCUGUUCACCAACGCAAGCACCUUUCGACUAUCCCAUUCCUCGACCUCGACAUCGUCAAUCCUCGCUCGGUGACCGGACUAGCCUUCGAUAUAGACGGACGACCUCUUCGUCGGGGACACUCUAAAGCCAUCAAGUGGGCUGAUCGGGCGGUCAUGAUCCAGCAGCAGGUUCAAUUUGACCUCGGACCGGCCGUGCGGCGCGUCUAUUAUUCAACGGCGGCAUUCAAGCGGCUGGCCCCGACGGUGGACGCUGAAGCUAUUCUUGAGACGUCUCUCAAUCUGCUCGAGGGUUUUAGGGAUGCGCGGAAGCAGGCGCGGGCUGUGGAGAGUGCGUUGCGGGGGAGGGAGAAGGCUGUCCAGCGUUUCAUCGAUUCGCUGGUUGCGGGGGGCGGAGCGUAG